AUGCGCUCGGCACCAUCCAGCUCGGCGCUGGCCUCGCUCAAGGCGCUCCAGUGCAAGAUCUUCAGCACCACCCACAACCCCACCAUGGCCCGCACCGGCGCCAAGGUGCUUCGCCAGAGGCUCCAGGGCCCCUCGAUGCUCACCUACUACCCGCCCACCGUAAACUACCGCACCCUGGAGCUGCUCGUGCCCGGCCUCGGCAGGCUGCAGGACCCAAAGGAGCUUCAGAGGCUCGAGGACGUCGAGAGGAAGAAGAUGCUCGGAAAGGGCCCGCCGAAGAAGGGCGAGGGACGACGUGCUGCCAUGAAGGGCAAGAAGAAGUGA